AUCUCUCAUGAAUCUAUAAAUAGUCACCAUAUUUAGCACCAAACAACAGGUGCUGAACAAUACUGCUGCCACCAAACACACUCCCAGCAAUAGCCUCUACUCUCUCUCUCUGUAUCUCCUUCCUACCCGUCUCGUUUAUUAGGACUCGGAACAGACCAGUUUUGUUGUAAAAGAAGGAUUUCCUUGGCGCCUCUCACAGCGGCAGGACCGAAGGAUAAAAAGGUGCAGAAUAACUUGCAUAAGAAGAGAAGGAGCAUUAUACCCAGCCUAGCAGCUUUCCUUCUGUACCUCUAAAAUGGCCAUCAUUCAAAAGCAUGCUGCUUUCCCUCCAUCCAAUAGUGUAUCUUUUGGAAGCACUGGCUCCAGCAAACAUGGUGUACCUCAACCUAUUAUAAUCUCUCGUUGCUCGUCUGACGUGACUGCAGCUUCGAUUGCAAGUGGGGUUGUAGCUGGCUCAGGUGCAGUCACCCCUAGCUACAUAGCUAUGAAUCACUUGGUAACUACUACACAACCUUCUCCAGCACCUGGGGCCAUAUCGUACGGUGGACAGGUAAUUCAAGGGACGCCUUUCACAUUCUCGCAGAUACAAGAUAUAUCGCAGACCGGGGGAUCAGUAGUUCAGUUGGCUCCAGCUCCAUUAGGCUACGGCUCUCAACAGCAAACUCUCUCCCAGCCUGGUCUAACUGUAACCUCUAAUUCAACCAUUGAUGAAGCUUCCUUGCAACAGAAUAUAAUGACAAUGGCUACUACACCAGGAGGGGUUGGAGGCCUACCUCAAAGCAGUUCAGCUGCUGCUAGUUCACUCCCCACUCAGUCUGAUGCUCUUAGAGUCCUUUGGGAUGGUGGUGUUUGCAAGUGGCCCAAUUGCUCGGUUCUUCUAAAGUCCCACGAGGAUCUCUUAUCUCACUUAAAAUCUGAGCAUUUACAUAACUCCAAAGCUGAACUCCAGUUAAAAGUGCAGUCUAUGCUUAUAGAGCAAGUUUAUGAUCUUCUGCAACAUGAGAAAGCUAAAUUGGUUGCUAUGAAAACUCAUUUGAAUUUGCCGAUAAGCAGUCUCACUGAUGACCUUAAAUCUGACCUCAUCACCUCAGUUGCGAUAGCCACUCCCCCCACCCCUUCCUCAACUUCCUCCACUGCUUCCUUCCCUGCAGUCACUAACACUGGGUUCAAGUCCCAGCCAGCUACUCCACUAGGUCCUGCUCCCAGUGGCAGUACGGUGUUACAGGCUGUCUAUACUGAUACCAAUGGACAGCCAGUGUAUAUAGUCAACUCACAGCCAACCCUUAUACCACUAGUACAGCAAUCACCUUUACCACUGACUCAACCAACUACUCCACAGGCAACUCCAACCACUCUAAAGUUUGACCCCACCUCAGCCACUGGUGGUCCCUCACUCUACACUCCAGCAGUAGCAGCUGCUCAGAGCUCACGUAGCAUUGGACUGACUCAGACUGGAGGGUUCAACAGUCUUGUCACUCAGUCUAAGAUAGACGGGAAUUUAUUGCAGCCACUGUUAGGGACUGGCGUAUCUGCCAGUAGUUUGAAACUACCCCUCGGUAAUGGAGGGAUGCAGUUGAGUGAAGUGGGACCUAUUAGACACAGGCAGAGCAGACCUGCUAGUGAGAGACCAUCACCUGUUGCUUUUGAUGAGACCCAAGAAGCACUCCGUAAAGCUAUACCUCGCUACUCUAAGAUAGACCAGAGGCCUCCAUUCACCUAUGCUAGUCUCAUUAGACAGGCCAUACUAGAGUCACCAGAUCAGUGUUUGACCCUCUGUGAGAUAUAUGCCUGGUUCAUGAAGAACUUUAUAUACUUUAAAGAGAAUAACCCAACAUGGAAGAAUGCUAUUCGUCACAAUCUUUCGCUUCACAAGUGUUUUGUUCGCGUUGAGUUGAACAAAAGCCGCGGGGCAGUUUGGACGGUUGAUGAUAGUCUUUACAAGAAAAAGAGACACAUGAAAUUGGUAGCAGCUGAAGGGGAAGCUUCUGAGUCUGCAGAAACCCCAGAUAUGGAAAUGGCCAUAGGAGAGGAAGAGAAGAUCAGAGAUCCAAUGCAAAAUGGAGACAACUCAACAGCUACGAUGAUACCCACUCUGCAGACGCUCCCUGCUGAUGACGACAUCUCAGACCAUACCCUCCACAACGGAAUUAAAAUGGAGGGAGAAGAUAUUUAUAUUGACGAAGAUGACGAUGAUGAUGAUGAAGAUGAGGAGGAGGAGGAGGAGGGGUCCACUAAUCACUAUGACAACAUUAAUUCAAGAAGUUCAUCAAGUCCUCAUGAAUUGACAAUACAAGCUGACCUACCCUCACCAACUAUUGCUAGAAACAUGACAACUAACUUUGUUGAUCAUUAUUCCAAUUUCUCCUCCUCAUCUCAAGGUCACUUACAUUAGAAAUUAGGCUUUAAAAUAGAUAUUUCUAUUGAUGAUAACUUAAACUUUAUUCUAUAGAAAUAAAUAAUAUUAUAUAUACUAUUGAACUUAAGAAUAGAUUUAAUUUUUCUGAGACUAUUAUUUUUUUUGAAUCAUAAUAAUAAUAAUUAUUUUUUUCUCUUUCUUAAUCAUGUUUUUCUCCUAUCUCUU